CCAGGUCCUCCACCACCAGGUCCUCCACCAGGUCCUCCACCAGGUCCUCCUCCAGGUCCUCCACCACCAGGUCCUCCACCAGGUCCUCCACCAGGUCUUCCACCAGGUCCUCCACCAGGUCCUCCUCCACCAGGUCCUCCACCAGGUCCUCCACCAGGUCCUCCUCCUCCAGGUCCUCCACCAGGUCCUCCACCAGGUCCUCCUCCACCAGGUCCUCCACCAGGUCCUCCUCCACCAGGUCCUCCACCAGGUCCUCCUCCUCCAGGUCCUCCACCAGGUCCUCCACCAGGUCCUCCACCAGGUCCUCCACCAGGUCCUCCACCAGGUCCUCCUCCACCAGGUCCCCCACCAGGUCCUCCACCAGGUCCUCCACCAGGUCCUCCACCAGGUCCUCCUCCACCAGGUCCUCCACCAGGUCCUCCACCAGGUCCCUCCCCUCCACCAGGUCCUCCACCAGGUCCUCCUCCAGGUCCUCCACCAGGUCCUCCUCCACCAGGUCCUCCUCCAGGUCCUCCACCAGGUCCUCCUCCACCAGGUCCUCCUCCACCAGGUCCUCCACCAGGUCCUCCUCCUCCAGGUCCUCCACCAGGUCCUCCACCAGGUCCUCCUCCACCAGGUCCUCCUCCACCAGGUCCUCCACCAGGUCCUCCUCCACCAGGUCCUCCACCAGGUCCUCCACCAGGUCCUCCUCCACCAGGUCCUCCACCAGGUCCUCCUCCACCAGGUCCUCCACCAGGUCCUCCACCAGGUCCUCCUCCACCAGGUCCUCCACCAGGUCCUCCACCAGUCCCUCCACCAGGUCCUCCACCAGGUCCUCCUCCACCAGGUCCUCCACCAGGUCCCUCCACCAGGUCCCUCCACCAGGUCCUCCACCAGGUCCUCCACCAGGUCCUUCCACCAGGUCCUCCUCCACCAGGUCCUCCUCCACCAGGUCCUCCACCAGGUCCUCCACCAGGUCCUCCACCAGGUCCUCCUCCACUAGGUCCUCCACCAGGUCCUCCACCAGGUCCUCCACCAGGUCCUCCUCCACUAGGUCCUCCACCAGGUCCUCCUCCACCAGGUCCU